AUGUCCAAGUUAUUUAAAGACUCAGGUAAAAGAUUAUCUAAAGUAAUCAAUUAUGAAGAGAUAAAGUUUGAUUUUAUAGAUCAAAUUGGUAGUGGUGGGUUUGGUAAAGUUUAUGCAGGUUUUUUUGAUGGAAGAAAAAUAGGUAUCAAGAAAAUUACAAUUUAUGAUAAUGAUCCAAACAAAAAUAUAUUAUUAAAGUUUUUAGAAAGAGAAAUUUAUACUUUAAAAAUGUUAUCACAUCCAAAUGUUAUUCAAUUUUAUGGAAUUGCGGAAAAAGAAAGAUCAUUGUUUUUAUUAACAGAGUUGGUAUCGGGUGGGGAUUUACAUUGGUAUAUUAAAAAUAAAGAUAUCAUAAUACCAUGGAAAUUAAAGUUUAAAAUUGCAAGGGAUAUUGCAGCAUCAAUGAAUUAUCUUCAUAGUAAUGGUGUCAUUCAUAGGGAUUUGAAAUCAACAAAUUUAUUAGUUGCUGAAAAUUGGGUAAUUAAAGUUUGUGACAUGGGUUUAGCAAGAAAGAUGGAUAAAUCUGAAAAAUCAAAAAUGACAAUUUGCGGCACUGAUGAUUGGAUGGCACCAGAGGUAUUAAUUGGUGAAGAGUAUGACUCAGCAUGUGAUGUAUUUUCAUUUGGUAUGGUAUUAAUCGAGUUAAUCACAAGAGAAAACCUUAGUCCAAGAAUUAGAAAUGAGGAGUUGGGUGUAGAUAAUGCUUAUUUCUAUUCAAGGGUACCAACUGAUUGCCCAGUAGAGUUGCUACGUUUAGUGAAUGAAUGUUGCAAGGUAGCUCCAGAGAAACGUCCAAACUUUUUCAAUAUUUAUGGCAUAUUAAACUAUAUUUUAGAAUAUAAUGUUUUUUUGGAUGAUUACGAACCACCAUUAAGAACUUUUAAACCACCAGAACUUCAUAUACCAAUCAUUGGAAAUAAUAAUAAUAAUGGUACCAAUAAUGAUACUGGUUUUUCAUUCCCAAGACCAUUUCAACCAUCAAAUGUUAAUCAACAACAACACCAAGAACAAUCUAAAGAGUCCAAUUUUUCAUUCCCAAGACCAUAUCAAUCUGGUCAAUCAAAUAUAGUAAAUAAUAAUAACAAUAAUAAUAAUAGUGAUUCACAUUUUUCAUUCCCAAGACCAUACCAACCAGAUGAUGCCCAGAAAGAAGAGCAAGAGGAGGAGGAGUUUGUAGAGGAGGAGGAAAUGAAGCAAUUGAAAAGACAGUUGUUCUCUAAAUUCGGAUCACAAGACUCAUUCCCAAGACCAUAUCAGGCAAGUAAGAUCGUCAGUUUUGAAGAGUCUGAGCUUUUAUCAUUUCCUAGACCAUUUCAAACAGAUGCUGAAAAUAAAGACCAUCAGCCACUUUUAGAGAACCCAAAUUUCAGUUUUCCACGACCAUAUAAUCCAGAAACUGACGAAGUUAUUAACGAGCAAUUUAAAUCAAAAAUUAUUUCUUUAGAAUCAUCUUCAACUGUAUUACCAUCAUCAACCCCUAAAGUUGUUUCAUCAGCAUCCAUAACAUCAUCACCACUAUCAAGAAUUUCAAAUUUUUCAUCAACAACAACCCCACAAUCAAGAAUUACAAUUUCAACAGCAACUUCUCAAACUCAACAACCACCAAAUUCAGUUUUUAGAUCCACAGCAUCAGUUCAAACUAAAUCGAGAUCAAUGUCUACACCAGUUAAACCAUCUAGCAGCGUAAUAACCAAUAAUAAUAAUAAUAACACCUCCAAUGCUUUUCCAAAGAGUAAAACCCCCACCUCACCACCAACAAAUAAGGUGGUAAUAGGAAAUGUUAGAGAAAAUAGUAAUAAGAAUUUAAUUUUAACUCAGUCAUCACAAAAUAAUUAUGGUAAUAGAGUUAUUACAAUUAACAAAAGUAAUAAUAAUUUAGGUAAUACUUUGAAUACUAGUAAUAGUAAUAUCGGUAAUCCUCUCAAUAAAAGUGGUAAUAAUGAAAUAAAUAAAACUGUUAAAAAUAAUAAUAAUAAUAAUAAUAACAAUAAUAUUAAUAAUAAUAGUUUAAAUAAAAAUAAUAAUAUGGGUAAUAAUAUUAAAGAUAAUAAUAAUAAUAAUAAUAAUAAUAAUAAUAAUAAUAAUAAUAAUAUCAAAAAAGUUGAUAAUUCAAUUAAAGUAGUUGUAACAAAUAACGGUAAUAAUCAAGAGGAUUGUAAUGAUAAUAGUAUAAAUAGUAAUGAAGAAGAGGCUUCUGGUGAUAAAGUGCUCCAUAGAAGAUCAAGAAGUUUAGAUAUUAAAAGUUCAACAAAAGGUUUGAUUAAGAAAUUUGAAGAGUUAACAAGAUUUAAUUCUCAGCAAAAUAAUAUUAAUAAUAUUUCAAAAUUUGAAGGAAAAUUACAUUUUGGAGGUGAAACAUUAAGUUAUGAAAAGGUUUCACCAAGAAAUAGUUUUUUUGUAAUUUUGCAAACCGUUUUAGUUUCUUCAUAA